AUGAUUCCGUGUUGGACUGGGUAUGUCUGUGCUGGAUUGAACUGUCAACAACUUCUACUGCUUAGCUUCAGCUAUAAAUCGAUACCAAAAUUCAAUUUUGGCAGAGCUUUAAUCUACUGCAAGCCUUGGGAGGCUUUUGAAUGGGCAGAACUGUGGCCUUUUCAGUCUGAAGGGGCAGAAGUGGCUGAAUUUGAGGACUUACUGAGCUGGAAUUGCACUGUAGUACCUGUUCUGCUUGAUUAG